CUUCACCAACCACAUCAACCCUGCGUUGGACUUCAUGCAGACUCCACCGGGGAUGCUGGCCUUGGACAACAUGCUGUAUCUGGCCAAGCACCACCAGGACACCUACGUCCGGAUCGUCCUCGAGAACAGCAGCCGGGAAGACAAGCACGAGUGUCCCUUCGGGCGCAGCGCCAUCGAGCUCACCCAGAUGCUGUGUGAGAUCCUGCAGGUCGGAGAACUCCCCAACGAGGGCCGGAACGACUUCCACCCCAUGUUCUUCACUCACGACCGCGCCUUUGAGGAGCUCUUUGCCAUCUGCAUCCAGCUGCUGAACAAGACCUGGAAGGAGAUGAGGGCCACGGCCGAGGACUUCAAUAAGGUGCUGCAGGUGGUGCGGGAGCAGAUCACGCGGGCGCUGCCCUCCAAGCCCAGCUCCCUGGACCAGCUCAAGAGCAAACUGCGCAGCCUCAGCUACUCGGAGAUCCUGCGCCUGCGCCAGUCGGAGCGGAUGAGCCAGGACGACUUCCAGGCCCCGCCCAUCCUGGAGCUGCGGGAGAAGAUCCAGCCCGAGAUCCUGGAGCUCAUUCGGCAGCAGCGCCUCAACCGCCUCUGCGAAGGGAGCAGCUUCCGCAAGGUCGGCAAUCGGAGGAGGCCAGAGCGCUUCUGGUACUGCCGUCUGGCCCUCAACCACAAGAUGCUGCACUACGGAGACCUGGAGGACAACAACGCCCAGGGAGAAGUGACCUUGGAGUCCCUGCAGGAGAAGAUCCCUGUGGCAGACAUCAAGGCCGUUGUCACCGGGAAGGACUGUCCUCACAUGAAAGAGAAGGGAGCCCUGAAGCAGAACAAGGAGGCCCUGGAGCUGGCCUUCUCCAUCCUCUACGACCCUGACGAGACCCUCAACUUCAUUGCGCCCAACAAAUAUGAGUACUGCAUCUGGAUGGAUGGGCUGAACGCCCUGCUGGGGAAGGACAUGGCCAGUGAGCUGACCAAGAGCGACUUGGACACCUUGCUGAGCAUGGAGAUGAAGCUGCGCCUGCUGGACCUGGAGAACAUCCACAUCCCCGAGGUGCCUCCCCCCGUCCCCAAGGAGCCCAGCAGCUACGACUUUGUCUACCACUACGGCUGAGGCC